UUGUAGUUCUGCCAAUGAAGCUUGGAGGAAGCCGAACUGCGCUCUAUGGGAUCCCCGCCCUCGUCCUCACCCAAGCGAGUUCCCAGAGGCAGGGGCGGACCCAGCGGCCCCGCUCUCAGAACAGCGCGCUGAAAUGCUGCUGCUGUGGGUGUCGGUGGUUGCCACCUCGGCCCUGGCAGCACCAGUUCCUGGGGCAGGUGGGCUGAGGCAGGGAGCAGUUCAGGCUUGGCCAGAUGCGCCUAACGUGGUGCUAGUCGUGAGCGACUCCUUCGAUGGAAGGCUAACAUUUUAUCCAGAAAGUCAGGUAGUGAAACUACCUUUUAUCAACUUCAUGAAAGCACAUGGCACUUCCUUUCUGAAUGCCUACACAAACUCUCCAAUCUGUUGCCCAUCACGUGCAGCAAUGUGGAGUGGCCUCUUCACUCACUUAACAGAAUCUUGGAAUAACUUUAAGGGCUUAGAUCCAAAUUACACAACAUGGAUGGAUGUCAUGGAGAAGCAUGGCUACCGAACACAAAAAUUUGGAAAACUGGACUAUACUUCAGGACAUCACUCCAUCAGCAAUCGUGUGGAAGCCUGGACAAGAGAUGUUGCUUUCUUACUCAGACAAGAAGGCAGGCCUAUGGUUAACCUCAUCUCUAAAAAAACUAAAGUAAGAGUGAUGGAAGGAGACUGGAAGAAUACAGACAAAGCUGUAAAGUGGUUAAGAAAGGAAGCAAUGAAUUACACUCAACCAUUUGUUCUGUACUUAGGAUUGAAUUUACCACACCCCUAUCCUUCACCAUCUUCAGGAGAAAAUUUUGGAUCUUCAACAUUUCAGACAUCUCUUUAUUGGCUUAAAAAGGUGUCUUACGACGCCAUCAAAAUCCCAAAGUGGUCACCUCUGUCGGAAAUGCACCCUGUAGAUUAUUAUUCUUCCUAUACAAAAAACUGCACUGGGAAGUUUACAGAAAAAGAAAUUAAGAAUAUUAGAGCAUUUUAUUAUGCUAUGUGUGCUGAGACAGAUGCUAUGCUUGGUGAAAUUAUCUUGGCUCUCCACCAGUUAGAUCUUCUUCAGAAAACCAUUGUCAUAUACACCUCAGACCACGGAGAGCUGGCCAUGGAACACCGUCAGUUUUAUAAAAUGAGUAUGUACGAGGCUAGUGCCCAUGUCCCACUCUUGAUAAUGGGACCAGGAAUUAAGGCCAACCUACAAGUACCAAAUGUGGUUUCUCUUGUGGAUAUUUACCCAACUAUGCUUGAUAUUGCUGGGAUUCCUCUGCCUCAGAACCUGAGUGGGUACUCUCUGCUGCCACUAUCAUCCAAAAUGUUUAAGAAUGAACAAAAAGUCAAAAACCUACGUCCUUCCUGGAUUCUGAGUGAGUUCCAUGGAUGCAAUGUGAACGCGUCCACCUACAUGCUUCGAACUAAUCAGUGGAAGUAUAUAACCUACUCUGAUGGGGCUUCAGUAUUGCCUCAACUCUUUGAUCUUUCCUCAGAUCCAGAUGAACUAACAAAUAUUGCCACAAAAUUUCCAGAAGUUACUUCUUCUUUGGAUCAGAAGCUUCGUUCCAUUAUAAAUUACCCUAAGGUUUCUGCUUCUGUCCACCAGUACAAUAAAGAGCAGUUUAUCAAGUGGAAACAAAGUAUAGGGCAAAACUAUUCAAAUGUCAUAGCAAACCUCAGGUGGCAUCAGGACUGGCUGAAAGAACCAAGGAAGUAUGAAAGUGCCAUCGAUCAGUGGCUUAAAACCUACUCUGAUCCAAAAAAAAUUUGAACAAAAAUAGGAAAAUAAUGUUCUAGAGCUAUAUAGAAAUAUGUGAAAAGACCGUGAUUAAUUAUGCAUUUUAAACAUUAGUUUUAAUAAUUACUGAUUUCCCCCCAAGCAAAUACUGACUUUUUGUUGAAGAGUGUAUCUUUUAAAAUACUAAUCAUGAUAGAAUUAUAUAUUUUCAAAAUGAUUACUUCAAGACCUAUUCUUACCAACUUCUAACAAUUUAAUGGAAAUAUUAAAAGGAUGGAAGAAUAUACUAUAAUAUAAAGCUGUGUUUCCUUGAAUAUUAUGGACUAGAGACUGUUUUCACAAUUCUAUCACUUAUGAACCACAAAAUGUUUUUGAGUAUUUGAUGGUGUCUGAUGAGUUAUUUUUAUUUGAUGGGACAUACAUCAUUUGGAUAUAUUUGAUGGGAGUAUCUAGAGUAUUUGAUGGGACAUAGAUUGUGGAUAUGGCUGACUUUAUUCUUUUUUUUAAAUAGGUAAAAUAUAUGCACAAAGUGCAAGCUUUGAGAAGGUACUAAAGGGCUAACAAUCUGCUUGAAGUCUCUUCUUCCCAGUCUCCCAGCCACCCAGUUCCCUUCCGGGAGGCAACUACAGUAAUCCCUUCCUGUGUAUGCUCAGAGAGACAGACAAAGUUCUACAAACUUUAUAUUCUUCCCCACCCCUACCCCCGCUAUACAAAAUGUUCUACAGCUUGUUCUCUUUUUUUCCACUUAACAAAGACACCUAGAAGUUAAACUGCUGGGGAGAGACUACCUCUGGCCAAAUUACUCUAGACACUAUCAAAUUACCCCUACAGAAGUUAGACCAGUUUCUGCCCUCACCAGCAGUGCCUGUCCUCACAUUUGUUGCCACCUGGGUAGAUUAAAACUACUUUAUUAU